ACACACGUACACGAGUAUUCUCCCGGUAAACAUGCUCCCGUGAAGCUUCUCCAAUGUGCCUUCGCGUUUUUCUCUCUUAUUUCAAAGAGGUUUUACAUGGAGAUGUCUGGACUUAUUUUACUGCAUGGACUGAUUCUCGCUUGUUUAACAGUUCACCCGCUUGUGCUCGCCGAGAAACCGGAUGAUGGUUGUGGUCAUUAUGUCCUGGGUCAAGAGAGUGGUGUCCUGUCCUCCAAGAACUACCCAGGAACAUACCCCAACAACUCGUGGUGUGAAUGGCGAAUCCGUGUACCCAUCGGCCACACGGUCAUCCUCAAGUUUGGAGACCUGAACAUGGAGAAAAAGGACUGUGAGACGGACUAUUUGAAGGUUCUGAUAGGAUCCUAUGGAGUGGAAAAUGUAUUCUGGGAGUACUGCGGUGGUCCAAUGCCCAAACCUACUCAGAUACACACAGAUUCCAGUGAACUGACUGUUCACUUCCGUAGCAGCCAGCACAUCUCUGGUAGAGGAUUCCUGCUGUCAUACUCCACCGAAAACCACAAAGAGCUGCUGACAUGUCUAGACAGAGGCAGUCAUUUCCCUGCUUCAAAGUACAGGAAGUACUGUCCAGCUGGAUGUGCGGUGGUGACGGGAGAUGUGUCUGGGGACAUUUCUCUGGGCUACAGACAUACAUCAGUUCUGUGUAAAGCAGCGGUGCAUGCAGGAGUCAUCAUGGACCAGUUUGGUGGACCAAUCACAGUGGAGGAAAGCAGAGGGAUCAGUCAUUACCCAUCCAUCAGAGCCAACGGCAUCCAGUCUAAAGAUGGCUCCUUGUCUGAAACCCUCUUUACGUUUGUAACAAACGACUGUAGUAAACAGACUGUUCUUCAGCCAGUGGGCACCACUACAAGCUCGUCAUGGCACAAUAUCAGCUCUGAUGGUUCUGAAGUCGACUGGUUUCCUAACAGCACCCAACCAGCCAUCUCUGAGGACCCCUGGGCUGCUGGGGUUAAUAACCGUCCACAAUGGCUUCAUAUUGACCUUGGAGAGAAGAAAAGGAUCACAGGUAUAGUGACCUCAGGCUUAACUACUGGGGGCUUUGAAUAUUUUGUGAAAAGCUACAAGGUUGAGUAUAAAGAGAGGAAUCGCUGGCAGACAUUUGUCCAGUACAACAGCUCUGAAGAUGUGAUUUUUGAAGGAAAUACAGACAGCUUUCACCAAACACGCAACACCUUCCAUCCCUCCAUUGUAGCACGAAGUCUUCGUGUCGUACCUCAACAAUGGCACAGAAUAAUUGCCAUAAGAGUGCAGCUAUUGGGCUGCCCUUACGUUAAACCCAUGGCAGUGAAUACAUCUUUUCAGGUGACGCAAGAGGCACUGCCUACACCGACCAUUCACAAUGAUAUGACGAAGGCAGUGGCCUCUCAGGCUGACCUCGUUAAUCUGUUGUUAAUAAUUGUGCCCACUGUUUUGCUUGGGGUUUUGCUUCUCAUUGGAAUCUGUGUGGUUAAAAUACUGUACAAUAAGAAGACAAAGGGGAACACGUACGGCUCUGCAGAUAAGAAUCACACAGGCUGUUGGAGACAGAUAAAGCAGCCCUUUGCCAGACACCAGUCCACAGAGUUCACCAUUAAAUACACCUCUGAGAAAGACCCCAUCCACAAGCUGGACCUGGUAACCAGCGUCAUGGCAGCCGAGUACCAGCAGCCACUUAUGCUCGGUACGGACACUGUGUCUAGAAAAGGCUCGACGUUUAGGCCAAUGGACACUGAUGCCAAAGACAAGGACAAUGAGGCUACCUCUCACUACGACCAUCUGCAGACAGGGAUUCAGUACGCCUUGCCACUGACCAAUCAGGAGCCAGAGUACGCCACGCCCAUCAUAGAGCGCCACGCCUUCCACAAAGAUCCCUUCCAUCCAGAUCCCAGCUACAGCGUUCCAGGGGUGGUACUAAACAAAAGCCCGUCUUUUCGAGUGGUGGAAGGCAGUAAUUCUAGGAAAGUUGUGGGAGGGCUGGCUGGGGGCUACCAGAUGCCCCAGGUCAAAAGAGACAGAGGGAAUCACAAAGAGGACAUCUAUGACAGCCCUAAAAUCCGGAAGCUUGUCAUGCAGAACGGGAGUUGUUCAGAGUACCAGAGACCCCAGAUAAAAGCCCCAGUGCAGGAGUGCUAUUCGAUUCCAAGAGAUUGCAUCAGAUUGCCACUCUCUGGACCCAGACCGGACCCAGAGGGCAGUAGAUCAGACCCAGAGGGAAGCAGCUCAGACGGAACCUGAGCAGAACCAUACUGUGAUUUGCCUGAUUGACCUGAUUGAACAAAUUCACCUCCAGACUCCUCUGUUAAUUUAUUUGUGUGUUUAGGGAGAUUACAUUGUUUUGUACCUUUUGCAGUAAAGGCAGUAUGGGAUGUUUUUAAAGGAAUGUUCCAGUUUCAAUACAAGUUAAGCUCAAUUGACAGCAUUUGUGGCAUAAUUUUGACUACCACAAAAAAAAUUAAAAAGAAAUACAAAUAUUUUUUUAUAAAAAAAAUUUUUAUAAAAAAAAAAAAAAAAAGAAAAAAAAAGAAACUUGCAGUUACAAUAAGGCACUUACAGUGGAAGUGAAUGGGGCCAGUCCGUAAACAUUACAAUACACACUGUUUCAAAAGGAUAGCCACAAGACGGUGGGAAUUUUUUUAUUUAUGGAAUGGACCCAUUCACUUCCAUUUUAAAUUGCCUUACUAUGACCAUAUUUUUUUGCUUCUCCAUUUAAAAAAAAAACAAAAAACAAAUUGUAAUCAACAAUAUCCUGUCGAUUAACUUGUAUUGAACCUGGAACUUUCCUUUAAGCAUUACUUUCUCUGCACAAAAUAACAGAUGCUGUCAGUUUAUGUAUUUAACUGUUUUGUAUAUACUGUACGAUGAAAUAUCUGAAAGAACCUUUGAUUUUCUUUUAAACUUUUUCUUAUGUUCAUUUUGAGGGAGUGUUUUUAUAAUUUCAUUCUCUACUCUGAGACAAACUGUGAAUGUGAGCUAGAUUUUCCUGUAUUUUACAAUGAGACCACCAUCUCCAUGUUCUCAGAUUCUCUGAAUGUCCAGAAGAAUCAAUAGAUUGAGAUCCACAGGCAGACAAUGAGAAUGUCCUCCAGAAGCAUUUAUGAAGCAGAUAUCCCUCUCCCCUGGUGCAUGUUGGGAGAUGUUUGGACCUUCGUGGAUGGAGGAACUCAACUGUGCAGUUACAUUUCUGUGCCUCUUCUAAAAGGUGUUGUAGGCCAUGUCCUCAGUAAUACGUUUUAGUUUGAAAAAGCUGUAGUUUCAAGUUUACGCCACUCGUUUUAAAAAAAAAAAAUUCAUAAUUUUUGUUUGAGAACACAUUGAUUUUGCUACGUUUACACCUGUCAUCUACACAGGAACAGCGUUUUCCUCCGAUGAAAAUGUUUCCGAAAAUCCUCUCCAUUACCGCAUACUUUGGAAAAUGUUGACAUUAGGAAACUGAAACCGUAGUUCAUACGAGAAAACAAAUUAGUGUGGAUGUCGCCUAAUCCGUUUAAGUCUGAAACCUCAGUUUUCAGUUUCCUAUCGUCAUCAUUUUCCAAAGUACAUGGUUAUAAAGAGCGUUUUCAAAAGUCCCCCUUUUUUUUUUUUUUGGUGGAGGAAAACGCUGUUCCAAUGUGAAUGACAGGCGUAAAUAAAUGUUUUUAAGUGAAAACGGAUUAUUGUGGACGUGGACUUAAAGGAAUAUUCUGGGUUCAAUACAGCCUUAUGGCAUAAUGUUGAUUACCACAAAUAGAACUUUUGACUCGUCCCUCAUUUUCUUUAAAAAAAUAUAUAUAAAAUCGAGAUUACAGUGAGGCAUUUACAGUAGAAGUGAAUGGGGCCAAUACGUAAACGUUAAAACACUCACUGUUUCAUAAGUAUAGCCACAAGAUGUAAACAAUAUGUGUUAACAUGAUUUUAGUGUGAUAAAAUCACUUGCUAACCUUUUCUGUGUAAAAGUAUAUCCAGUUUUACAACUUUGUUGCCAUAACGACGUAAUGUUGUAAAUCCUAAAAACGCUGAAUUAUUAUUUUUUUCUUCCCCUAUUUGGAAUGCCCAAUUCCCAAUGCACUCUAAGUCCUCGUGGUGGCGUAGUGAUUCGCCUCAAUCUGGGUGUCGGAGGACGAAUCUCAGUUGCCUCCAAGUCUGAGACCGUCAGUCUGCGCAUCUUAUCAUGUGACUUGAGCGCGUUACCGUGGAGACGUAGCGUGUGUGGAGGCUCACGCUAUUCUCCGCGGCAUACACGCAUAACUCACCACGCGCCCCACUGAGAGCGAGAACCGCAUUAUAGUGACCACGAGGAGGUUAUCCCAUGUGACUCUACCCUCCCUAGCAACUGGGCCAAUUUGGUUGCUUAGGAGACCUAAGCACGCCCUGGAUUCGAACUCACGACUCCAGGGCUGGUAGUCGGUGUCAGUACUCACUGAGCUACCCAGGCCCCCCAAGUUUUAACAGCAAAAUUAAUGUGUGCUUUUAUAAAAUUAGAAGCUUCACAUGUCUGCCUUUAAACCCUUCAAAAACUGGCCCCAUUCACUUCCAAUGCAAGUACUGUAACCUCGAUUGUUUUUUAAUUUUUUUAAAAUUUUUUUUUAAAGAAAUAAUUUUUUGUCGUCAUCAACAUUGUCACAAAUGCUGUCAAUUGAACUUGUAUUGAACCUGGAAUAUUCCUUUAAUUGUAUCCAUGUGCCGCCACAAUCUGUGUCAGCUUUAUUUCUGCAAACAGAACAGUAAAAUGGGUGAAAAUGUUUCACGUUGCCUAACACUGUAUCUAACACUGUAAGCAAGCAUUGCGACAUGACAAAACUUGGUCAACGAAGCUGGCUACACUGUAAGGAGCCAUUGAGACCAAAUCAGUUCUUGCUCUUAAAAAAAGUUAGAUGCAGCCAAAAUAAAAAACUUUAGCUGCUUGCAGUAUAGACAGAUUUGUUGAUUUUAAUGGAAGCUAUCUAGUUUUGUCCAGUAUCAACAAGUUUAGAUUGGCGUAAGGGUUUUUUGUCUACUUUAGAUUCUGCUGUAAAGUCAUUGUCAUCCCUUGAUGUCACGGUUUAGGACAUCCUUUGUUCCUUGUUCAAGUGGACAAUUAAGUUACUACAAGCAAUAUCAGACUGAAAUGUAUUAUUUGGUCCUGUUUUGUUCAUUACUUUUUUUAUUAUUAAGGAUAGGAUUUUACAGAUGUACAGUUUUGAAGUUAAAAAGCAAGACUAUAGAAAUGUUACGUGUGCUGACUAUUAUAUUUUAAAGCAUCUUAAAGAUCUGCGAAUUUGCUGCUGUAUUUGGGGGACAAUCCCUGUUAAAGAUUACUGACUGGUCUUAAUUUCUGUGAAAUGUUUUGGGGAUUUGCUUGGUGGACUGAUGGUUAAUAUUUGAUAUGCCAAUGCUGGUGUGUUGAAGUGCUGUGCCACUGAGAAUCUCAGUGCUGUGUUUAUGCUUGUCUUAACCCUGAUUAAAGCACCAGUAGUUGAA